GUCGCAAUCGAGCGUUUUGUCUGCCUUCCUUAAUUAUUUUCUACAAUUUGUAUUUUUUAUAUAUAUAAAAACACACUCUCCAACAACGUUGAUAAGCCCAGACCUUCUAUUUCUGCACAUUUCUCGAUUUCAACACCCCUGAUCCGAUCGCUUUCCUGCUUCUAGCUCACUCCAUUUCAAUUACACACCAAUUUUUCUUGAAAUCUUGGAAAUCAAAUGAAGAAGGCUGCUGUCGGGGCUGCGGUUGUUGGCGCAGCGGCGGUGUGCGCUGUCGCCGCGCUGGUCGUCCACCAGCGUAUGCGGAAAUCGAGCAAGUGGGCCCGGUCUGACCCCAUCAUAAACGAAUUUGAGAAGAGAUGUGGGACCCCUGAUGCUAAGCUUAAGCAGUUGGCCGAUGCCAUGGUAGUGGAGAUGCACGCCGGGCUCGCCUCUGAGGGUGGCAGCAAGCUCAAGAUGCUCAUCAGCUAUGUCGACAAUCUCCCCACUGGUGAUGAAGAUGGAGUUUUUUAUGCUCUGGAUCUUGGUGGAACAAAUUUUCGCGUUUUGCGAGUUCAAUUGGGAGGGAAAGUUGAUGGUAUUCUACAUCAAGAAUUUACAGAGGCAUCUAUUCCUCCAGAUCUGAUGAUUGGCUCUGCUGAAGCACUGUUUGACUACAUUGCAGAAAAACUUGCCAGCUUUGUUGCUGAAGAAGAGCAACAGUUUAAGCAACCUACUGGUAGGCAGAGAGAACUAGGUUUCACCUUUUCGUUCCCGGUAAUGCAGAGUUCAAUUAAUUCUGGGAAUCUUAUCAGGUGGACCAAAGGCUUCUGUAUUGAUGAUAUGGUUAGCAAAGAUGUAGUAGAAGAAUUGGCCAAGGCUCUACAGAGAAAAGGUGUUCAAAUGCGAGUGUCAGCCCUUGUGAAUGAUACAAUUGGAACAUUGGCUGGCGGCAGAUACACAAACAAAGAUGUUGCAAUUGCUGUCAUAUUGGGUACUGGAACUAAUGCAGCAUAUGUAGAACGGGCCCAUGCAAUUCCCAAGUGGCAGGGCCCUCUUCCUAAAUCCGGAGAGAUGGUUAUCAACAUGGAGUGGGGGAACUUUAAGGCAUCCCAUCUUCCAUUGACAGAGUAUGAUUAUGACUUGGAUGCUGAAAGUUUAAAUCCCGGUGAACAGAUAUUUGAAAAGAUCAUCUCUGGCAUGUAUUUGGGAGAAAUUUUACGCAGAAUUCUUCUAAAGUUAGCUGAAGAAGCUGCCUUUUUUGGUGAUGAGGUCCCACCAAAACUUAAGAGUCCAUUUAUAUUAAGGACACCUGACAUGUCAGCUAUGCAUCAUGAUGGAACCCCUGAUUUAAAAGUGGUUGGUGACAAAUUAAAAGAAGUUCUAGAGAUACCGAAUAGCUCCUUGCGAGCAAGGAGAGUAGUGGUUAAGCUCUGCAACAUUAUUGCUACACGCGGGGCACGGAUUGCAGCCGCCGGGCUACUGGGAAUUUUGAAGAAGAUGGGAAGAGAUACGCCCAAAAGUGGUGGUGGGUCAACGAAGACGGUGAUAGCUAUGGAUGGUGGAUUGUAUGAGCACUAUACUAAAUACAGAGAAACCUUAGAGAGUAGUCUGAAAGAGCUGGUUGGAGAGGCAAUGGCUCCAUACGUUGUCUUGACACACUCAGCUGAUGGGUCGGGCAUUGGCGCUGCUCUCCUUGCGGCCUCGCACUCUGUCCCGUGAAAGAUAAUCCUCCAAGAAGCAACAAAUGCAUGGUUGGAUAGGCUUCUUGCAUUCUGUUCCAACCAAUUCUCUAGGAAUGUUGUUUGUUUUUAAAUAGUUUAGGAGAUUGUGCGGCAUAGGAUACAUUCAUCCUGGGCAAAUAUUCAGGAAAUUAUUAUGUCAUAAUGGAUUGCCGCAUGGCUUUGUAUGUUCUCAAACCAAAUAAUCAUCAGGGGUAAUAAUAUUGAGAUUUUAAUUUCAUUUGUACAGGAUACUGCAUUUUCACAUGAACAACUAUUAUUUUCAGCAUUAAUUUAAUCUCAAAUGCUGAUACAGUCAAUAAGCAAUAGUAAAGCUCAGAUCUUGUUGAUA